AUGGCGGUUGCCCUUUGCCCAGCGUGGCAUACUGUUCUUCGGCCAAGGCCUUUGCCAGCGCGGACGCUUCGACGAGCACAUGUGCAGCCGAUAGUUCGGUUGCCCAACAGCUCUAGCCCCUUUGAAAACUUCGAGACCUUUGGAUGGCGUUGGAGUCCAGACCUCAGCCUGGACGAGAAUCUCUUGCGCUUGGCACUCUUGGCCCGUUUGAAUUGCUUCAAAGUGGCGAACUACACCGCUGGGCGCUGCAGUGCAAUGAUGUGUCGUCCUCCGCGGAUUAAUGUCUCUCAUGUUGAGAUUGAGGUGAUUGGAUUUGGCAUCAAUACGCCACCGCGCUUCGGAACCAUUCCAAGGGACCCCAAUGCGGGUAUGAGACCCUGGAAUCGGAAGGAACCGCCGCAGAAUGAGAUCCAUUCGGAGAUGCAAAUCAUCGGCCGUUGCGCAAGAGAGGGGAUCCCAAUGAAAGGCUCCUGGCUGUAUGUGGCGUUACCACCCUGCUGGGAGUGUUGCAAAGCCCUGGUGGCUGCUGGAGUCGCCCGAGUCCUCUUCAAAGGCAAAGGCCGACGUGCACCAGCUGCGAUCAUGGAGAAUGCCAAAGAGAAGGUCUUUGCCGAGGCAUUUGGCAUGGAAUGGCUACAUGCAGAGUUUAGCCUGGAGCGGGAGCAAUACUUGGAUGAAAUGUGGGAAGCCUACAAGAAGGAGCUUCGCAUAACUUCGCCCAAGGAAAAAGGCUUGAUUCGUUCCAAGGUUACUGACUGUGUUCCAUGCGAAUUGGGCCGUUUCCUGGUUUCAGCCCCCAAGAUGACCAAGGACGACUGCCUGAAGUUGGCCCCGGUGGGUGCUGCCUUUGCAGCGGGCCAGGUGGCCACAGUGGCAUCCCUAGGUGCAGUAGCCGUGUCGUUCACGCACGUCGUGAAGGCCUUGGAGCCUGCUGUGAACGCCAUUGCCUCCGCGCUGAUUCUUGGACAGGUCUUCCAUCCUAUGGUCUACGCUUCUCUACUCCCGGUCUUUGCUGGAGUUGCAUUGGCAUCCUCCAAGGAGCUUUCAUUCACAAUGUUUGGCUUCCUCACGGCCAUGGCCUCAAAUUUCUUCUUCGUGACACGCAACGUGCUCGCCACGAAGUUCGGUGAUGUGGGCGACAUGGGGGAGGACAAGACCCAGAGAAAGACCAAUCAGCUGGCUGUACUUACAGCCGUUGCUGCACUGGUGUUUGCCUUGGUUUGGUGUGUUUGA